UAGCAAACACAACACACAACAAAUUUCAGAGUUUUUUAGUUUCCUAGUAACCAAAUUUAAAUUACUAAUUAAUCCCACAAAUGGAUCGUUUUCAGCAGCGUCGUCGCCAGCGGCACAAGCAGAAUCAUGGUUUCGUUGACAAUAUGCUCAAGGAGCUGCAGAAAAUGUCUUGGGCACCCGGCUGCCGUCCCAUGUUUGAUUCCGUGCUGCUGCCCACAAUGGGAUUCGUUAAGGAUGGAAUUCGCUUCUACAAGCGCUGCCACAAGCCCGAUCGUCGUGAGUUCAAGCGCACAGCCAUUGCCGUCGGUGCGGGCAUCCUUGUGAUGGGUGCCGUCGGUUAUCUGGUCAAGAUACUGCAGAUACCCAUGAUCCUCACUGCCUACACCACAGACCCGUGAGAGAAAUGAGUAAUAAAGUUGCACAGUUCAUCCGAUAGCA